UAUAGAAUUAUGAAUAAAAUUUUACAAUUUGUAUUUAUUAUCGGAAUUGUGGUAACUUUUGUUGCCACAAAUCCAAUUGAAACAUCUGAAGAAUGGUUGGCAGCAGAUAAAGAAUGGUGGCAAACUGCCGUUUUCUAUCAAAUUUAUCCAAGAUCAUUCCAAGAUAGUGAUGGUGAUGGAAAUGGAGAUUUAAAUGGAAUCAGAGAACGACUUCCACAUUUAAAAGAUAUUGGAGUUACUUCAGCAUGGCUUUCUCCAAUUUAUAAAUCACCUCAAGUAGAUGGGGGCUACGAUAUCUCAGAUUUUAAAGAUAUUGAUCCAAUGUUCGGUACUUUAGAAGAUUUUGAUAAAUUAGUAGCUGAAGCCAAAAAGCUUGAUAUUAAAAUUGUCCUUGAUUUUGUGCCAAAUCAUUCAAGCGAUAAACAUGAAUGGUUUGAGAAAUCGAUAAAACGGAUUGAACCAUAUACCAGUUUUUAUGUAUGGGCUGAUGCAAAAAUUGUAAAUGGUACACGACAACCACCAAAUAAUUGGAUUAGUUGGUUUCGUAAAAGUGCAUGGGAAUGGAAUGAGGAACGUGGACAAUAUUAUUUACAUCAGUUUGCAAUUCAACAACCUGAUUUAAAUUAUCGAAAUCCAUUUUUGGUUGAAGAAAUGAAGAAUGUAUUACGAUUUUGGAUGGAUCGUGGUGUUUCUGGAUUCCGGGUUGAUACACUUCCAAGUUUAGUAGAAGUUGAAUCAUCGCCAGAUGAACCAUUAAAUCCAAAUCCGGGUGAUGAUUGUUUGCCAGAAGAUCAUUGUUACCAUGAUCAUAUCUAUACGAAUGAUCAACCUUUGACUUACGAUAUUUUGGCUCAAUGGCGUGAUGUUUUGAAGGAGCAUUCUGCUGCUACAGAUAAAGUUCCAAGAGUGAUUAUGAUUGAAUCUGCUAGUAGAAUUGAUUUGAAUAUGAGAUAUUAUGGAAAUGAAACUCAUGACGGAGCUUGUUUCCCAUUUAAUUUCUUUAUUAUAUUCAAUUUAACAAAAGAAUCGGACGCCACUGAUUAUAAAUAUUUAAUUGAGAACUACUUUACAUAUUUACCAAAAGGUCGUACUCCUAACUGGGUGCUAGGAAAUCAUGAUCGCAAUCGGGUAGGCAGUCGUAUGGGCGUUGGACGUAUUGAUGCUUUAAAUAUGUUAAUAAUGACAUUGCCAGGUGUUGCGAUUUCAUACAAUGGAGAAGAAAUUGGUCAAGAAGAUGGUUAUGUAUCUUGGGAAGAUACACAAGAUCCUUGGGGAUUAAACGCUGGUGAAGAUCGAUAUUUAUUAUUUACACGUGAUCCAGAACGAACACCUUUGCAUUGGGAUACAACUAAAAAUGCUGGAUUUAGUACAGCCAAUAAAACAUGGUUACCGGUUAGCGAAAAGUAUAAGGAAACAAAUGUAAAAGCUCAAGCUCCAGCUAAUGUUGAUUCGCAUUACAAUGUUUAUAAAACAUUGAUUCAGUUACGCAAAAAAUCAACGUUCCAAAACGGUGAAUUAACGGUCCAAGCAAUUGGCAAAAAUGUUUUGGUUGCAAUCAGAGAAUUGAAAAAUUCACCUAGUUAUUUAUCAGUAUUAAAUUUGGGUGACCAAAAUGAAAUUAUUGAUUUAUCCAACAUUGAAAUUAAUUCGGCCACGAAAAAAUUGAAAGUGGAAGUUGCUAGUGUAGGAGCUAAAAUUAAAAAAGGAUCUAUAAUUUCGGCCGAGAAAUUGGAAUUAGGUCCAAAUGAAUCUUAUGUUUUGUCCACUGAUCUUUGAAGACUUUAUUCAUGAAAAAAUAAACUAAUACUGGAUUGUUCAACAAGAUAUCACCACUUAUAUGGUGGUACAUAAUUUGUAAUUUUCGAUCAUUGGAGCCUAUAAAUUGCUGCCGGACUGACUUUAGAAGAGAUUCCAAAGUCAUAUGUCUAUUGUCAUAUUUAGGUUUUAACGAUAGAACAUAAAUAAAUUUUGUACUACCAUAUAAAUGUUAACAUCUUAUUGAACA